AUGGCUGUCAAACCAUCCAAAAGAAGAAGCGAAAGGUUGAGCAGACGGGACUCUACCUUGAUUCACAAGGCCGACGAGCUAGCAGAGUUCUGCGAUGUUGACGUAGCCCUCAUCAUCCGUAAUCGUCAGACUGGUCGUUACUUCACGUACAAUUUUGUCGAUCUCGCGUCCUGGCCACUGUCCAAAGAGCAGAUU